AUGCCAACAGGCCAACAACAACGACUUCUCAUCCCAAUAAGACUCGACACAAACACAUACAUUACAACCACUAAAUUGCGUAAGGCAUUGCCUUCCGGACACGCUCACGCUCACGCUCGCCCCGUGCAGGCCAACCCAAUGGGUUCGGACAUGCAUAGCGGACACCAGUCUUCUCAUCACGGUGGACAUCAGUCUUCCCGCCAUGAUACACGUCAAUCUUCUCGCCGUGGUGGACAGCAGCCUUCUCGUCAUGAUGGACAUCAGUGUUCCCGCCAUGGCGGACCUUCAUCCUAUGCCGGCCAAUCCAGCCGUCACGGCAAUUCCUCAGCCCAAACCGGCCACAUCUAUCAAUUCAAUGGCCCUCCAGGCCCUUCCGCACGCUACUCCCAAACCGUCCAAUUCUCUCCUGCUCAGUUCAUGCAACACCCGAAACAAUACACCGCGCCUCAGCCCGUAACCGGCCCCAUGCCCGGCCCCCGCGAGCUAUUCAUCCACCCUAAUUUUCCGGGCAGGGUCCUGUGUGGUCAUCGCAUCGAGGUAAUACCGGAUGAUGUAUAUGCCCCGGCGUACGAGGAGAUGUUCGAGGGUAAUCAGCGCAUGAAGAUUCAUCAGGAUGCUGAGAGGAGUAGGGAGAGAGUCCAGAUUGGGGAGAGUCCGUGA